GAAAUCGUGCCGUAAAAAAAAUAAAUACAUUUCUUUGUGUGUCCGAGGCUUCCUUUGAAUGUUAACAAAGGACGAUGACGUCAGUAAAGGGAUUAAUACAUGAAUCAUAUAAGGACUGAUUGCAAUACUGAAGCAAUAAUAAUAAAGAAAGAGUACAAUGCGCCCCGUCAGUUAGCGCGGCCAGUCGGUGAUCUGUUGUGGCGAUCAGCUGAUGGCGGCACAGGCACUGUAGGCCUGGAAGUGCCGCCUGUAGCUCACAUUGGCACUCUGUCUUAACGGUGGCUGCCUCAGUGCAUCUUGUAUCCCCACAGGCCGCCACCGUCACCGUCACUGCUACCGUGACCGGCUGAUGGGCUCUAUAAGGCUCAUCAAGGGGCAGGCUGUCAUCCAAUGAGGAAGGCGGCAGCAGUAACGCAGGGCACGUUGUUCAGGCUAUGGGUUAGUUUUCAGGGUUUUGAGCAACACUUGGUGUGGAAGGUAAAAUGGCAGAAGCAAGUAAUACUAUUAUCAGGAUUCCACUUGCCCGGAUGGCAGUGGUGACAGUGCUAAUGCCGUUAGGAGCAUUCCUGACCUGCAUUUAUCUGUCUCUGCGUUACAACUUUGAUUUAUCAACAGCUACUCACUGUGGAGUACCAAACUACCUGCCGUCAAUCUCGUCAGCCAUUGGGGAGUUUGUGCCGCAGCGGUACAUCUGGAGGUUUGCCAUUGCUAUCCACUCCGCCCCGCGCUUCCUGCUGGCCUUCAUGUACUACAGCUUCAUGAACAGAAUACUUCCAAAUAUCACAUUCUAUAAAAAUGCUGUUAAGAUCACCACUUGUCUGAAUGUCAUUGAGAAUAUUGCCCUCAUCUUCCUUUCUUUUGUGUCCUCCAAAGAAAAUUAUGACAUCCACAAGGUUUCUUUCAUCCUGUUCAUGGUGUGCAGUGAACUCUACAUGGUCCUGACUUGUCUUCUGUUGAAAGAAAACAAAAGUAAACUAACAAACAGUCUUGAGCGCUUGGCAUACUUAAAGAAGAAACAACUUAUGGCAGCUAAUUUGACGAGCUUCUUCGUGGCACUGUACUUCUUCUACCGACACAACAAGUACUGUGAACCAGGCAUGUACUCUGUGUUUGCCUUCAUGGAAUACUUGGUCGUUCUCACCAACAUGGGUUUCCACAUGACUGCCUACUAUGAUUUCCACCACCAUGAACUCGUGGUUGCUGAGUGGAAGACAGCAAGCAGUUGACAAUCAGUGUGAGGAGCAAGAUAACAUAACAGUUUAUAUCCACAUCUGAUUGGUACUCUGUGGGACACACUGCCAGGCUAUGGUCAGGAAUGCUGGUGUUUUAUCUUUACUGCUAAACUCUCAGAUUGUACAGUCCCCUCCACUAAUACCUUUGUCACGCAGCAUUGCCAGUGUGUGAAUUGCGACCUGGGAACUGUCCGUCUCAGCUUGAUCCGAAGCAGGUCCCACCAAUCCCUCCAUCGCCCUCCUUACUUGUACUGACUGGGACGUGUCUCGGAUAGGAGAUGAAUUACACACACUGGUAAUACUAAGUGGUGAAUGUGUAGGUGGAGGGGACUGUACUCACACUUACGAUCCGGUUAAGAUGCACGAACCAUCUGGAGCUUUGAAUUGACUAGGAAUAUUUCAUUAGAGAUUAUUUGGAGUUGCAGUCGUUUAUCAUUUCUUUUCAUCAGUAACGAGUAAAAAAAGAUUGAUGCAGGAGAGUUCAAUGAUAUGCUAAAGUAAAUGCCCACACUAAUGUAAUGCCCAGUAGAAACACGUGCUAAUCACAUACUGCUCUCUAAAAAAAAAUAAAAAAAAUGCAAUGCAGAUUUUGUUUUAAGCUGUUUAUUGUAGUGAACAUAGACGACACAUUGCAAAGUAUGUACAAUGGCUAAGUAGAUGAUUUCCCUUCACUGUGUGGGAAAUUGCUACAUCCUCGCUGAUGAGGCAGACAACUUCCUUAGGGUCAGAUGGCAUUUAAUUAGAAAAGUAAGUAGUAGAAUUUCAAGUACAUGUAAUAGUGGAAAGUAAUGUUUGAGCUCAGCAUCCAGUAGGUGUUCACCUCGUGUGUCAGAACCCUUCCUUGUAUUCCCAUAGUCUGUUAGCACCAGACCCACCUCAACACCCCACCACUCCCCUAGCCUCUCCCCUGGUGUCCUGUAGAGACCGUCAGAUAAACAUACAGGAAGAAGUCUUUUCUGAAGUUAAAUUUGGCACUCUAAUAAUUAAAAAAAUAUCACUAAACUUUUUAUUUUUAUUUAUGUUUGAAUGAAAAGACUAUUUUCCUGUAUGUGUGUGGUCUGUGCACCUUAUUGCUCAAUUACCAGAAUUUUGAUUUUGCUUUUAUUAGCAGCAUACGUUGUUUGCCUCUUGGUUCAGUUUAAUACCUUGCUUAUGCAAUGAUACUGUAUUAAGUUGUAAUAUUAAUUCAAUAACUGCUCUACACGUUGGAUUUGUUUGUGUUCUGAAGCAGAGCAAAAUACAUUCCUCAGCUGAUUUUAUUUCAUCAGUCUGAAUACAUGACACUCCAGUGCUCAGAGUUCUAUGUUGUGUUGACAUGCCCUCAUUCCCCAGCAGUGUGUUAUGCUGUGCCUUGCCAACUGUUCCCAUCUGUUCCCCUUCCUGUAGACUGUGAGAGAAAGUGGCUGUUAAAUUAAUACCCCAGUGAACUGUUUUUUGCUGUUAGAUACUGGCUGUACCCACAAGCCUGCACUGGGAUGUGGCAGGAUAGUGGCAAACUUUAUGUAUUCAUGUAAAGCUUUGCCUUACAUAGUUUUGCCUUGCCCUUUCUCUGUCAUUGUGGUGCUUUUUUAAGCCUGAUGAAGCAAGAAACUUAACAAAUUACACACAAGAAAUGUGACAAUUUAGAUAAUUCCCAAAUUCCCUUUUAUCUUGUUUCCAGUAAGUAAUUUUCAAAUUGUUAAUCAUGUAAUAAUAUAAUUUUUUAUCAGAAAUCUGUCACCUGAAGAUCUCUAAAGUGGAUUAAGCCACAAAGCAAUGUGGUACACUGAGUAGGAAGGCAGCAAAUGAGCAGAAUGAAUUAGUCUUACCACUUAAUGAUUCAAGUGUUGUUCCUCCAUCAGAGAAACAGCUGCUAUGCUGAAAAGCUUAUUAUUGCUUUUUUUUUUUUUUUGUCUUGCAUACAUUGAUAUUAAUGCUGGAAGACGUUUGCAUCAAGAAUAUUUGGUAUUGAGGCAGAGGUGCACCCUGUUAUGUUAUGUUGUUCCUCACGAGACCGUUCCUUAGAUUACUUAAGGCAGAAAGCUUUACGUUAGAUUGUAAUUUAUUACCAUUGUAGAUAUGAUGAUAUUAAGUUAUACCUGUGAGUUAUGUUGGAUGACUGUUGAUAUUAGGUAAUGUUUAUUAUUAGAAAGUGUAUGCUCUAAAUAUACUGUUGUUGACUGAGAAUGAAA